UUACUUCGUAUUCUUUCCACUGACAUCAGGACGAGAUAAUUAGAUGCUGUGCUUGCUUUAGAAAAUCCAGUAUUUGAGUCAUCUAUAGGAACUUGAACCUUUAACUGAAAUUGAACUGCAAAAAAACAAACAAACCGUCAUCGUCACUAGCGUACUGGUAUUCCAUAUCUACUUCAUCUUUAUAGGCUACGGUAGUAUAAACACAUACAUUCUAAUUGUCGCCCAGUAGCCUAGGUUAUGUCCAAGUUACCGGGAAGCUCAGGGAUAUCACUGCUCAGUGACAAGUCGCUAGAAUUCUAUCGAGAUCCGGUGGCUUUUUAUGAGCGUCGCAUCCAAAAGCAUGGAAGCCGUAUAUUUGAAACCCGGCUGCUCAACAAGUCAACAUCUUUCGUGUGCUCGGUGCAGGGGAUGAAAGAGCUACUUUGCGAGAAAUCCUUGAUCUUCCAGAAAGACCCCACUGAUAUCAUGCAUCACUUGUAUGGGGACAACAUCGUCACAGCCAAUGGUGAGGAGGCCUGUCUGCUCCGACUCUCCCUCACACACCUGUUCACAGGGAAGUGCCUGCAGUCCUCCGCAGACUACGUCAACAGUGUUUGCGAGAACUGUCUGAAGGGACUUGAUAAAAGCGUUGGGCUGCUGUCCAUCUACCCCCUGUUUAAACAGCUGGGCACGGAGCUGGUCCUGGGGCUGUUCCUCAAUGUGCGUGCCCAGGACACACCCGACGUCUUCCGGGAGAUCUCUCAGCUAUGCACCCAGCACUGGCAUGGGCUCAUAUCGGCCCCCCUCAACGUUAAGGUUCCCCUCUGGUCCUCCGGCUUCUGCACGGCCAUGGAGGCUAAGAACAAGCUGAUGGACAUCAUCCACAACAAGCUGGACUGCGAGAAGCAAGGGUUUGUGGCUGACAUGAAGGCCCUGCCCCUCCCAGAUGAAAGCUGUGCUCCACAGCACCUCCUGCUGUUUAUUUCUGCUCUGAUCCCCAAAGCGCUGGCAUCCCUGCUCACCUCCUUCACACUGGCACUGAGCGGGCCAAGCAGGGAGGGCGUUCGGAAUCGCGCGAGGAUGGAGCCUGAGUACUUCAGCCACGUGCUGCUGGAGGUCCAGAGGCUAUGGCCUCCUUUCAUCGGUGGGCGGCGGAUAGCCAAUAAGGAUACCACCCUGGGCAAGUUCCACAUCUCCCAGGGCAGCACUGCCAUCUAUGUCUCCCACGCUGUGCACCGUGACCCGGAGGUCUUCCACCAGCCAGAGGAGUUCCUGCCGGAGAGGUGGAGUGGGAGGAAUGCCGGGCAGGAGGGCCUUCUCUGCUGCCAGGGAAAUGGUCAGAGGAACUGCAUCGGAUCCCAGCUCAACCAGCUGUUCCUGGAGGUGGCUUGUGGGUACCUGCUGAAGCACUAUGACUGGGACCUAAGCCCCGCCUCUCAGGACCUGCAGUAUAAGUGGCUGCCCAUAUCCCGGCCUGUCCUCCCCCCGACCGUCAGAUUCAGAGCGCAGGACCGCACUUCACCACACCCGCCAGAGGGGGGCAGCUGUGAGCCAGGGGGACAGUGACAGAGGAUGUCACAGGAAUGUCCACCUGGUUAAGCUUCACAGGGUUUCAUUUGGUUUAAUGAAGACACUUUGGGUAUGAAAUGAUUCAUACCAGUGUGAUGUUUUAUGUGAUGUUUGCUCACUAAUAGGAGUCUUGCUGUCCAUUUAAAGGAGUAUCUGUAUUUGUUUAAAGAUCGGUGAUCCAGAUAUGAGGAAAUGCUAUGCUGUACACCAAGGACUCCCAAGUCUACCUGCCCUCCCUUCUGCUUAGCAACCAGCCUCGCUUAGCAACAGCAACAGUCAUAGCCACACUGAAGUGCCUUUUGAAUUCAUAUGGUUAUAAAUAUUCCUCUCAUCACUCACUACCAGCGAUGAUUAAUCAGACAGAAAUCUCAAAAUGAAUCAUACAAGUGAAGCAAAGUGAAGUAUGUACUGCAAAUAAUGUGUGCAUUUCUCCUGAACUGUCCUGUUUUCACCAAUUGGUUAUUUCUAAUCAUUUAAAAAAUAACACUCAGUUCUUUUGACAUGCAAGUGAAGAUCUGGUUAAGAUGUCAUUUAUUGAUAUUUAUCCUUUUAUUUAAUGUUUGUUGGUUGGCUCCUUGCUUCUCAUCUCAGACAGCCUUGAUCAAGUUUUUAUGUAAAAAGUAGUCAAUAGCCUACAGUUAAAAUUAAACACAAAAAUGUAUCUGUAAAAUUAAAUAUUUUGGAAAAUUAAUAUUUGGAAAUCUCAAAUGUGUUCUUUUAUACUAACACACACAAAAAAAUAAACAUGUAUAAUAUAGUCUAGGGUGCCUAAGACUUCUGCCACGUACUGUAAAUCUGAUCUGAAUGGGCCUCUGUCUGAAGCAACUGCCUUGUUAAUGUCAUUUGUCUUAACGUAAUAUCUUCCACUUAUGUUUAAUAUGCUGAUCUUCUCUAUACCUGUAGCACAGUUCUGGCCAUAGGCAUUAUUAUAAUUCUAUUAUUUAAGGAAAUAGUUAUUUUCCUCUUUUGAUUUUAGAUGUAGCAUUUCGAUUCAUUAUAAUUGUACAUGAAAUGUACUGUAUUUUUGUAUGUGUCCAUGGAUACAUGUGUAUGUUAACCCAGGGUCAAAACUGACCCCAUCCUGAGUUGGAAAACCCCUGAUAUUUGUCUUUAUUUCAGCAUGAAAUAUGAUUACUUUUCGUGGGGUGACCCUUCCAAUCGAAAAAGUUAAACAUUUCACUUUUUAUAUUGUCAUAACAGUGAUGUACCAUCCAGGUACAAACAUUAUCUUAUGUCUUUUUUAACCAUACAGAAAUCAGAAGUGAUAAUUAAACUUAGUUAUUGCAGCAAAAAAACCAUGUCUCUCUGUACUGUGAAGUAGGAAGUUAUUCAGUGUAAAGUUGUCUCUACCUGAAAAAUAAGGUUUAAACUGUAAUGAAGAGGCUUUCUGACAGAGGGUUUGGUGACAGUGUCAUCUUUGACCGGGUGCAUGAAUAAUGUGAAGACAACCCAGGGUUAAUAAACCUUUGCGCUAUGUUUGUAUCUCUUCUUCUGGUGCUUCCUUUGCUAGAACAACAUACUUUGUUUUAUGAUAAAUUUUGUUUCUUUUUGCUUUAAAUGUACCUACUGACAAUUAACAGUAAAAUAAAAACACUGUUUUACUUUUCUCAUCAA